AUGAUUUUUGGGACCAUAUCCAGCAUCAAUGAACAGGAAAUGCAUGCUUAUCUCAUGUUUGAAAAGGAGACGCUGUCCAAAAAUCUUUUGGAUAGGUAUCAGUUUAACAGGCACUUAAAAUGGUCGUACAACUACUCAAAGAUUAUGCAAGCAAGGGACUUUCAGGAGAGAAGCAAGCCCUCCAAAUUAGGAACUAUUAUGAGAAAGUCAUUUCUUUGGUAUCCAUCAUCAAAAAGUGAUGGCAUAGCAGGUUUCUCUUUCCUAUCCGAUGUGCUCUGUCUUAAGGCUUGUGCUGUUCCAAAGACACUUCAAAACCCCCUACCACCCAAGGUUUAUGUUGACAUUGUAGUACUCUCCAUGGGUUCAUUGUUUGGGCGCUACUGGCCACGGUCACAUCAAGAGAAAGUAGAAUAUGAUCAACCAUUCCAUCCUAUUGCUGAACCAAUUGAAAUUUCAGGGCAUCUCAGCAUUACCGGAGAGCAAUUCCACAAUCUUUCACUGUUCUUUGAAGGGUUAUAUGACCCAGUUGUUGGACAGAUGUACAUGAUAGGUUGCAGGGAUGUCCGAGCCUUUCAAAACUCCAUCCUUAAUGGCACAAACCUUGAAGGAGGAAUGGAUUCUCUAGAUGAAGUCAGAGUACAGUAUCCUUCCAGAAAUGCACGGUGGCUACAGAAUACGAAGAUCAAAUUCUCCAUCAACAGCAAAAGGAGUAAGGAAGAUCCCCUCCAUCGUAUCCCAACCAGCCUUGAUACCUUUUUGCUUUCUUAUCAGAAGAAGUUGGAUUAUGUAAUUUUUAGGAAAAGUUUUGAGACGGUGAUUCGGGUUUUGAUGAUCACAGUGGCAAUUCUCUGUACCCUAAGCCAAUCAAGACACUCUGAAAAUGAGGGACAUUCCACAGCUUAUAUGUCUCUAGUCAUGGUUGGCAUCCAUUCUCUUGGCUAUGGCAUUCCAUUGAUCACUGGUGAUGAAGUUCUGUUCAGGUGGAAGGAGCUCUCCCCCAACAAUUCUCAGACAUAUGAUUUUGGAAAGUUUCAACGGUUUCAGGUACUCGACUGUUCUAUCAAAAUUCUUCUGCUGGUUGCAUUACUGCUUACGACAAAGCUUUUGCAGAAAAUCUGGGAAUCUCGUAGCAGACAGCUUGAUCAUGAUAAAAAACUGAAACCCCAAAUGCCAAGUGAUAAAAUAGUUUUCUUAAUCACUUUGUUCAUUCAUAUCAUUGUAUUUUCCAUUUGUCACUGCAUUCGCAACGGUUUUCCACCGCUUCAGUCAGGAAACUAUAUGUAUGGAAGGGGUUAUAUGAAGAAUUUUCUGAAAUGGUGGGGAGAGUUGGAGAAUUAUGCUGGUCUAGUUCAAGAUUUUUUCUUGCUUCCACAAAUUAUUGGUAAUGCCUUGUGGCACAUCCAAGGCAAGCCUCUCAGCAAAUUCUACUACCUUGGCUUCACAAUGGUCAGAGUCUUGUUGCAUGCUUACGACUAUGCAAGAGAUCCGGUUCCCAGUCGUGAUCACGGGGACAAUGAAUUUCAGUACAUGGGUUUGGAAUUUUACUCCUAG